AUGGCAGUGGCGGCUGAGGGUGGGAGCGUGGAGGAGGGCGUGGGGGAGAGCUCUUCUCCUCCGCGUGAGGCGUCGCCCGCGCUCGCCGUGUCGGGCGGGAGCGGCGGAGGCGGGGGAGCCCCCCGCGACAUCUGCACCCAGGUGUUCGAGCGGCUCGUCGCUGACGGCAACGAGGAGACGGCAGGCCCCGACUUCCGCGUCCAGCUCGAGGCCCAUUUCGCGCGGCUUCCAUUCAGCUAUCAACUUGAUAUCAAUGUCGACAAAUCAGCAGAUGUCUUGGUCCAUCAGAAGGUCUUGGCGGAAGCAAAGGAUCCUCUGAGGCGCCCUGCUUUCCGUGUCCGUUUUUUGAGGGUUGAAGACAUGGAUUCAGCGUAUGGCUCUGAUGCCUCUGACGAAGGGGCUGAUGAUGGUGAUGAUCUCUCUGUAAGGCAGGACACACCGUACACACACAUUCAUGAGAUAGUUUUCUCCACAAUUGACAAGCCAAAGCUCCUUAGUCAGCUGUCUGCCUUGCUAUCAGACAUUGGACUGAACAUCAGGGAAGCACAUGUUUUCUCUACGGUAGAUGGCUAUUCUCUUGAUGUUUUUGUUGUUGAUGGUUGGCCCAUUGAGGACACUGAUGGUUUACAUAAGGCGCUUGAAGCAUCUGUUUUAAGGAAUGAGGGUUCAUGGUCUGGUUCAUCUCACUCCUCAGCUGCGGAAAGAACACUGCCAUUCCAGGUAAAAGGUGGGGAAUGGGAAAUUGACAAGCGGCUUCUGAAGAUGGGAGAGAUGAUUGCUUCUGGUUCUUGUGGAGAUUUGUUUCAUGGGACUUACUUUGGCGAGGAUGUUGCUGUUAAAGUUCUAAAAGCCGAGCAUUUGAAUAAUAAUGUUUGGAACGAGUUUACACAAGAAGUAUAUAUUCUAAGGGAAGUUCAUCAUACCAAUGUUGUGCGAUUCAUUGGUGCAUGCACAAAACCACCAAAAUUUUGUAUAAUUACAGAAUACAUGUCUGGAGGAAGUCUGUAUGAUUAUGUGCACAAGCAGUGUAAUGUCGUUGAUCUCCCAACUCUGCUGAAGUUUGCAUGUGAUGUAUGCCGAGGGAUGUGUUACUUGCAUCAGAGGGGUAUUAUCCACAGAGACUUAAAGACAGCAAACCUUCUAAUGGACAAAGAUCAUGUUGUUAAAGUAGCAGACUUUGGUGUAGCUCGGUUCCAGGAUCAAGGUGGUAUCAUGACAGCUGAAACUGGAACAUACAGAUGGAUGGCGCCUGAGGUUAUAAAUCAUCAACCCUAUGAUAACAAAGCAGAUGUAUUUAGUUUCGCUAUUGUGCUUUGGGAACUCCUGACGUCCAAGAUCCCAUAUGAUACCAUGACACCUCUGCAAGCAGCUGUAGGUGUGAGGCAGGGGCUGCGCCCAGUGCUGCCAGAAAAGACACAUCCCAAGCUAUUAGACUUGCUGCAGAGAUGUUGGGAAACCAUCCCAGCAAAUCGGCCUGCUUUCCCAGAUAUAUUAACUGAACUGGAGGGUCUUCUGGCAGAAGUUCAGGGAACUUCAGGUGAAACGAGCAAACAACUGAAGGAUAUCUCGGCCUCGACAGACUGA